ACCACCACCAUCACCACCACGGCUAUAACCAUCGACGCCACCGCCCUGAUAGUACGCACGCGUAUAUGUACGUGACGCGCGUAUCCUAAAAUCCAAGGAUAAAAUUUACGUUUUGGCCAGUAUCGUAUAAAAGAAAAUACGCGUCGCGUACGCGCUCACCGCCACCUCCGUUUUUUCGGUCUCGGUCAUUCUUUCUAAAUUUACAGUAUAUAUUAUUGAGUUAUAUUUUUUAAUUUUAUUUAUUAUAUAAUUAUUGUGGAGCUAAAUAUUCUGAAUUUUUAUUUUUAAAUCACAUAUAAUAAAUAGUAUUACGAUAAAAAAAUAUAUAUAAAUAAAAAAAACGUUUUAAACAAUUAAUAAAUUCUGAAUAAAAUUAUCAAAUUAAAGUAAUAACGCAAAAACCAUAACGGCAUAUUUAAAAGUGUGCAACAAGAGCACGAGCCACUAUAGUUUUGAUUUUGGCACGCGCCCGGCUUACAAGACGGCGCCAACCAAUUUACCGUCUUAUUCUCAUUCUUCAUCCCCCUCUUGUUGCGCUUCCAAGUGCGCCAGUGUGUUAUGUUAUUUUACUUUAUCUUAAACUUACCUCGUAUAUAUUUAUACUUUUAUUACACUAAACACAACAAACUAUAUUAUUGAUAUCAUUAAAUUGAAAUAAUAAAAUAUACAAGUUAAUAAUUAUUAUUUUACUAAAUUAAUUUCCUUGUAUUAUUAAAUAAAAUUUAUUUAACUUAUGUUAUACACCAGUAACUGAUACUUGAAAUUUUCCCAGAGAUAAUCAUAAGUGUUUCUGUCCGGACUUGAUUAUUUUUUUUCUCAUUAUAACUAUCAGUACUCCAGAAAUGAAAUAUACAGUUUAUAAUUUUCUUUAGAUGCACUUAAGUUUUUAAAAAGAUAAUAUAAAUGCUCUUCAUAAUUUUUAAGUGAUGGUGAAAUCAUAUUGAAAAUAAAAAUUAUAAAAAUAAUAUUUUUUUGUUGUUGUUGAUGUUGUUGUUGUUGUUAUAAAAUAACUGCACAACUGAUAAUUAAAGUGCAUAAUAGAUUUUAUAGUUUUGUGAAGGUGCUAAGGGAAAGAAUAAUAGGAUAAGUGUAACCAGAAGACUAGAAUAGUGCGAAGAAGAACAGAAAGAAAACCGGUAGAAGGGUGAGGGAGGUUCAAGGGAAGGAAAAGGGACUGCACGCGGUCGGGAUACUAAAUUUUAAAGAGCUGGAGAGGGGCACUCAAGUAGGAGUGAGGACGCGCUACCAUUCUCGUAACAACUGUCGCCGGUUGCUAAACCCGCGUGAGGACUGUGUUGCCAGUGUUAUAUCGAAUUGUAUCGUUUUUUUUUUUUGUUUAAGUUCCUCAUUAAAAAUAUAUAUACAUAUAAACUUUUUUACACUGUCAACGCCAUACUUUAAUCUCCUUGAAUUACUAUUACGUCAGUGUCAAUUGAGAACGGAUAAUCUUGGUGUGUACCAGUGUUUGAGUCUACCUCACUUGUUAGCGGCAGCUAACUUUAUUUAAAGCUAUUUUUUUUUUAUGUUUUUUUAAAUUAAGAAACACGUUUUUGAGUUAUAUAUAUAUUGAAAGAAAAUAAAAAGUUUAAGUAAAGUAAAGAAAGAAGAGAGAUAAAGAUAGAUAUAUACAUAUGGAUAUUAUAUAUAUGUAUAUAAAAAAUAAUAAAUUAUAGUUGAACAGUGCUCGACAAGCUAGUUCUUGUAAAUACGAGUUAUUAUAUUAUAAAGCGCCAGUUUUAUUUUUUUAUUAAUUUACGUUUUUAUUUGUGAAUAAUUAUACAUACGUUACGUACAAUAAUGUCAUUGGAUAAAUUCAGCGAGGGCGGUAUGUUGCAGAAGGAAAUGGAACGUUUAGAUAUCGAGGAUAAAAAUGGUGAAACUCCAAGUAGCGGCUCUGGGGCUAAAGUUCUAAUCAGCAAUCUGCCAGCUCACGCUAGAUUUGAGGACGUCGAGCUUCUGUUCUCGACAUACGGACAGGUGCAAAACGUUGAGAAAGUACCAUCUCGUGAUCCAAAUACGCAAACCUUACUCCUCAGCUAUGAGACUCAAGAGUUAGCACAGCAGGCUGUGAAUCAGUUGAAUGGCUAUGAGUACGACGGAAAUCCGAUAAAAGUGGAAAUGUCGAGCGCGGAAAGCCGACGAAGAGCACGUAGCCAGCGUAGUGGUGUAGCUUUCUCUGGUCUACCAGGUUCCGGUCGUCAAACAGAUUUCCCACUGCGUAUUUUGGUGCAGUCUGAUAUGGUUGGUGCUAUAAUCGGACGCCAAGGUUCCACUAUACGUCAAAUUACACAGAUGACACGUGCUAGAGUUGAUGUUCAUCGCAAAGAUAAUGUUGGAUCUUUGGAAAAAGCAAUUACUAUCUACGGUAACCCUGAAAAUUGUACAAAUGCUUGUAAAAAAAUAUUGGAAGUUAUGCAACAAGAAGCUAAUAAUACCAACAAAGGAGAAAUUACAUUGAAAAUCCUUGCACACAAUAAUUUGAUUGGUCGUAUUAUUGGCAAAGGGGGUAAUACAAUAAAAAGAAUAAUGAUGGAUACUGACACAAAGAUAACUGUUAGUAGCAUAAAUGACAUCAAUAGCUUUAACUUGGAGCGUAUUAUCACGGUCAAGGGUACUAUUGACAACAUGAGCAAGGCCGAGUCAAUGAUCUCCAGUAAACUUCGUCAAAGCUAUGAAAAUGAUCUUCAAGCAAUGGCUCCCCAGAGCAUGAUGUUCCCAGGUCUUCAUCCUAUGGCGAUGAUGUCUACAGCUGGUAUGGGUUAUAGCUCACGUGGACCAGGGCUUUAUGGUUCUGGACCUGCACCGUAUCCUUAUCAAGGAAGUCUACCACCUCAGCAAGGAGUACCAGCCAGUGAAGCUCAAGAAACAACUUUCUUGUAUAUUCCUAAUAAUAGCGUAGGAGCAAUUAUCGGUACCAAAGGAUCACACAUCAGGAAUAUAAUUAGAUUUUCUGGUGCAAGUGUUAAAAUUGCUCCUUUAGAACAGGAAAAGCCUGCUGAUCAACAAACUGAACGAAAAGUCACUAUUGUCGGUUCACCAGAGUCUCAAUGGAAAGCUCAGUAUUUGAUUUUUGAAAAAAUGCGCGAAGAAGGUUUUGUAGCAGGAACUGAAGACGUGAGGUUGACAAUUGAAAUAUUGGUACCAAGUGCCCAAGUUGGCCGUAUUAUUGGAAAAGGUGGUCAAAACGUCAGAGAACUACAACGAGUUACUGGAAGUGUGAUUAAACUUUCAGAACAACAAACAACACCGGCAGCAGCUGAUGAAGAAACCACCGUUCACAUUAUCGGACCAUUUUUCUCAGUUCAGUCGGCCCAACGAAGAAUUAGAGCAAUGGUCCUCCAAUCAGUUGUUCCAGGAAGCGGACCGACUGGAACUGGCGUACGCGCUGGUCGUGGAAGUAGCCAGGAAGGCGGUGUCCGUACCCGAAGAGAUGGAAGUGCAACAUCUCAGCAAGGUAGCUCAGCAUCUCAGCCUCAACAACAACAGCAGCAGCAACCUACGCAACAACAGUCUCAGCAACAAUCGCAGACAUCUUCGCCACAAAGCUCUUCACCAUUAAGUCAACAGCAACAGCCACAACAAAAUCAGUAACGUUGAUCAAGUUACAACAGAUGGCCAACCAACGUCACAUUAAAUUACGCUUCAAUCGGCCUCGUUGGUUUCAUAAUUCCUCGUAAUUAACUCACUUAAACAAUUUAUUUUAAGUAUUAAUAAAAUCUCAAUAUUACGAUAAUUAAUUGGUUAUCAUGCCGUGAGUUUGAUUAAUUUUCGGAAUUUUAUUCUAAAAUAAAUCGUGUUUGUUAUCAAACUCACGUGCUAAAUGUUUUUUUUUCUUUAUUAAUAUUAUUAUUAUUAUUUUUUUUUUUUAAUUGAUUUUUUAUUGAUCUUAGAUGAUCAUAAUGUGUAAAUGUUUUACAACACAUGGCUCUGGUAGUCAUUAAUCCUAGAUACAAUAAUCGUAAAUUUGAGAUUAUAUCAAUGCAAUUGUUUAGUAAGUGAGUGUAGGCGUGAAUUAAAUCGUAUCAAUAUUAUUAUGUAAUUUAUAAGAUCGUUUAUUAUUCAAGUAAUUGUGCGAUAAAUUUGUCAAAAUAAUGACAAAAAGAAAAAAAAAUAAUAAUAAUGAUAUUCACGUCGCCGAUGAAACGUUGAAAAUGAUGGAAAACACACACAACCUUAUUACCUCAUUCAUUACGAUUAAAGAUUUAAUAAGAUAGAGCAGAGUGAAAUGAGAAAUAAUAAACCAACUAAUUAAAGUCUACCUAAUAUUAAAGUUAUAAUAAUAAUAUUAAUAAUAAUAAUAAUGUUAUACAAAGAAGUUAAUUAACGAUUACACAAUUAUGUUACUACUAAUAUUUGCUACCACUAUUAUUAUUAUUAUUACUUUUACCAAUUCUGGUAAUCCAGAUAAAAUCGUUUGUUUUACAAUUGUUUAUUCUUUUUUUUUUUCUUUUUAUACAUAACAAAAAUAAUAAAUUAGUUAUUGCAGUUUUAUUAUAAUCAUUAAAAUUCAAUAAAAGUUUUGCGCAAACUUAAGAGCUAUAAUAAAUUUAAAUAAAAGAACAGAUAGAAUUACGCAGUUAAGUUGUAUAAUUUAAAAAAUAAAAAAAAAAGACAACAUUUUACUAUUUAAACGAGCUAAGGAGCUUUUAGGCAACGCCCGAUUUGCACCGUAAUACCAAAGAAACGUUUAUGAUUUUUUUCGUAUUAUUAGUGAAGUAAAAAUACGUGUCGCUUGUAUGUUACACGUAAUGGGCUCAAAUAUUAAAAAUAAACAAAAUAAAUCGCCUCAAGUUCCAUAAUAAGAGCCGCUCGGCUAAUCUAUUAAUUUAACAAUCGAAUAAAUUUUUAUUCAAUAUGAUUGUUAAAUUUAUUUUAACAACAGUUGUUUAACGGACUCAGUUUAUAAAAGUUUGAGUACAGAAAGUGAUCAAGCGAUUAAUAAUAAUAAUAAUAAUUAAUAUUUAAAAUAAAUAAAAAAUAUAAAUAAUUGCAAAGAGACACAAAACAUUUUCAGGGAUUUUUACUUUACCAUGAGUGUAGUAUUGUGUGAGUGUGCGUAUGUUGACUGAUUGAUGAAUAUUAAUUAAUAAGUUAUUGAUUAAUACGUAAAUUCUUGAUGGAAGAAAAAAAAAAAAAAAAAAAAAAAAAACAAAUAAUAUCGAUACAAGAAUAGUGCUUGAGGGUAAAAUACCCAAAUGAAUUAUAAUUUUAAAAAAAUAAAUAAAUAAUUAGUAAAUCAAAGAAAAAAAUAAAUCGUCGUGGGCUAUGGGGGUCCUCACUAUCUUUUUAUUAUUUUCACAGUAUUUAUAAUGUGGAAAACAAAUACACAAUUGUUUCAAUGUUA